AAAGGCGCCGGGUCGGGCGCCGCCGCUCGCAGCGCGUCCCGGGGGCGAGGGCGGCCCGCGGCGGUUCGGCCUCGGCUGGCGGGCGUCGCGGCAGCCGGCGUCUGGCGGCGAGGCACCGAGUCUAAAAGCCCGGUUAAGGCAGCAGAGUCGACGCGGAACCUCGCCGAGCCCCACCGCUGCUCGCCGGGCGGAGGAUGCUGCGCCAGCUCCUGGAGCACGUGGGGACUAAAGAGGAAUUCGUUAAAGUCCGGAAGAAGGACCUCGAGCGGCUGACCACUGAAGUCAUGCAGAUCCGGGACUUCUUACCUCGGAUCCUCAAUGGGGAGGUGCUGGAAAGCUUCCAGAAAUUGAAGAUUGUAGAGAAAAACCUGGAAAGGAAAGAGCAAGAGUUAGAGCAACUGAGAAUGGAUUGUGAGCACUUCAAAGCCCGCCUAGAGACCAUGCAGGCUGACAGCAUGAGAGACAAGAAGGAGAAACUUGCUCUUCGACAGCAGCUGAAUGAAGCAAAGCAGCAGCUCCUGCAACAAGCAGAAUACUGUACAGAAAUGGGAGCAGCAGCCUGCACCCUUUUGUGGGGUGUCUCCAGUAGUGAGGACGUCGUCAAAGCCAUUCUGGGAGGAGAUAAAGCUUUGAAGUUUUUCAGUAUCACCGGUCAAACAAUGGAGAGUUUUGUGAAGUCACUGGAUGGGGAUGUCAAGGAGCUUGAUUCUGAUGAAAAUCAGUUUGUGUUUGCUUUGGCUGGGAUUGUAACAAAUGUUGCUGCCAUAGCAUGUGGUCGAGAAUUCUUGGUUAACUCAAGUCGGGUGCUGUUGGACACCAUACUGCAGCUUCUGGGAGACUUGAAGCCAGGACAGUGUACCAAACUCAAAGUGUUACUGCUGAUGUCCCUGUACAACGUGAGCAUCAACCUGAAAGGCUUGAAGUACAUCAGCGAGAGCCCAGGAUUCAUCCCACUGCUGUGGUGGCUUUUGAGUGACCCAGACGCAGAAGUGUGUCUUCAUGUACUGCGACUCGUCCAGUCUCUGGUCCUGGAGCCGGAAGUCUUAUCCAAGUCGGCCUCUGAGUUCCGGAGCUCCCUGCCCCUGCAGCGCAUCCUGGCCAUGGCCAAGAGCCGCAACCACCACCUGCAGACCGUGGCCCAGGAGCUCCUGGACGACCUCCGCGCCCUGGAGCGUGAUGUGUAGGGAUGCUUGGUGUGUCCCUUCCCCUCCCCCAGGCCCCCACUUUGUGUUCUGAAACCAUCACUGUGCGCCAUGUGUUCUAGAUGGUAGAAUGUGAGUGCUCGAGAGGGACGUGAACGUGUUUGUAUCCACACAAUUUCCUGGAAGCGAAGAACCACAGAACUUCCUUCCUGUGGGUGGCUGGCUAACCUGGCCCAGGGGCAGUCUUCCAGAAAGGCCCAUGUCCUGCACCUAGAAGAGGGCCGUCUUAGAGUGGCUCCUGCUGCUCAGGAGACUUUCUGACACCUGUGGGUUCCCCAUACAGAGGGGAUGAAAUAACCAUCUGCCCCAUUGGUCAGCAUUUUCCUGAGAUACAUUUUUUUGAAAAACAAUUCAUUCUCUCUCUAGUUAUAAUUAAUACCCUAAAAUGCAAGUUUACCUUUAAACCUUUUGGUGAACCUGCUAUUUCAGGUGACAUUGGACAUUUUAGUUCUAUUUUUUGUGCCUGUUUUAUUUUUGAAUAAAGAAAGCCAGAAGAGUCA